AUGAGAAUUUCGUGCAUAUUUUUACUCCUAAACUUUCUCUUCAUAAUUAACUUGUUGGCACCAUGUAUGUGCUCAGAGAAUGUUGUAAAGAAGAAAGUCUUAAAUGCGUUCAACACAGUCAGCGAAAAAUUGAAUGGCUCUGAUAAAACAAAGAAGAACGUAGCACUGGCAGGGGCUGCAACCACAGCAAUUGCCCUCAUAUCAACGUUAAUUGGAGGUGCAUACUUGCUUAAACCCAAACGUAAAAACGAAUUCGAUGAUCCCGGAACGGUUGCAUUCGUUGUCAACCUUUUACUUGAUACCGCAGAUGGUGCAGUUGUUCAAUCACAGAAGGGAUACAUCAUGGGAAAAGACAUUACUAAAACAUUUGCAAGUGAGAAGGAAUUACGAGAAUAUAUAGAGAAGAACAUAAAGGACAGUGAUUCGGACACGGGAAGUUCCCAGAAGAAGGACCUCCUGAACUCAAUUAUGCACAUCAACGUGAAUAUUAAGCAUCCGGCUGGUGACAGUCAAACAUAA